AUGAGGUCUCAGGUUCAAAUCCCCACGGAAAAAAGACGCUGGGUAAUUUUUUCCCAUCUGUCCAAGCCUUGGCGGACAGAGUUACCCAGUACAUGUGGUGGUGGGAGGGACUUCUUGCAUUGGUACGACUUUCACCAUCUUGUUUUACAUAAAAAAUUCCAGCCUCCAAACCACCAAAAGAAUUGUUUUAUUUCAAACAAUAUUUUGCAGUUUGAGGAUGUUCUUCAGCAGAGUGGUGCUAGGGAAGGGUUAUGCAAAGUGGUUGAUCCCAAACUCGGAGAUGACUAUCCGCUAUGUUCAGUCUGCAAGGUAGCUCAGCUUGCCAAGGCUUGCACACAUGAAAAUCCUCAGUUGAGACCUAGCAUGAGGUCCAUUGUUGUAGCUUUAAUGACUCUAUCAUCCUCAACUGAAGAUUGGGAUAUUGGCUCCUUUUAUGAAAACCAAGGCCUCGUCCAUCUCAUGUCAGGAAGAUAGUAAUAUCAGCUAGUGUUCAUUCAAGCAUUCUCAAAGGCCUAAGAACCUUAUGUGCUUGGAAGUAUUAUCUGUUUAUAAUACUCAUUAGUAUUUUACCUUCUUUUAAAACUUUUUGUUCAUCUUACUUUUCUGUAAUUCUUUUUCUUUGUUUUGUAAAGGUUAUGUUUUUCAAGCAGAGGAGUUUGGAAAUUAGAACUUGAUCACAUUUGUACAACCUUUUUUAUUAACAUGAUCAUAUAGAAGAAACAAGAAGUAAGCCCAAAUGAUUGUGUCAUUAUACUCCUCUGGCAAGCAUCAAAUAAAAUAUGAUGGUUCCUAGUCCUAA